AAAAGAAAAGUGAACACGUGGGCGGGAGAGUUAAACAGAUGAUGGACACCUAAUAUUGAGUGCCGGAGAUUAAAAGCUGAAACAUGGCGGCCUUUCCAACGAAGAAUCCCAUUUCAUAAAUCAAUUUAAAUUAAAUAAAUUAACAGCGGUUUAUCAAAUUUACUUUGUUUUUAUAUUUUUGUUGUGAUAGAAUCUAUACCAUAGCUUCUAAGUACCUCCUUUUACGCGUUUCCUUUCCCACAUUUAUAACCCCAAACUCUUUCACCCUCUUUGAAGACUUCUAUAAAUUUUCUCUUCCAUUUUCCGUCUCUGUCUCUUGAUUUCAUCGGUUGUCCUUUUUGGGUUGUGGGAGGGGAUAAGGAAAUGAAGAAAUCGAAGUUAUCGAAGCUAGAUAGAUUAGACAGAUUCGAUAUGUUCAUUUCCUUAGCAAAGCAACGAUCGGUUCAGAUUCUGUUCAUCGUUGGUUUUCUGUACUUAGUUUUGGUUACCGUCGAGAUCCCAUUUGUGUUCCGGACUAGGUUAAAUACUUUGUCUCAGGAACCAUUAACUCGGGUUCCUAGACUCGCUAGCGAGGUUGAAUUUCAAUACAAAGAGGCACCGAGUCGUCCCUUGAAUUGGGUUUCCAAGAACGCGCCCACCCCAACUCAGUUUCACCAUCAGAAGCAACUAAAACUCCAGUCUACGAUCCUCUCUCGUUUGUCUUUUGAUGCCGAAUCCUUUGACCCGACUGCGAAAGACGGGUCGUUGGAGCUCCAUAAGUCAGCAAAAGUUGCUUGGGAAGUUGGGAGAAAGCUGUGGGAAGAACUCGAAUCAGGGGAAGUCAAAAUUGGCUCUAUAAAUAAACCCAAAAAACCCAAGAAUGAAUCCGAACUAUGUAGGCCUUCGGUUUCUUUAUCGGAAUCGGAGUUUUUGGCCCACGGCAAGGUCAUGGUGCUUCCCUGCGGGCUUACUUUGGGGUCUCACAUAACGGUGGUGGGGAAACCGAGAGCAGCCCAUGCGGAGACAAAUCCGAGGAUUGCGUUGCUAAAAUCCGGGGAAGAUUCUGUUAUGGUUUCGCAGUUUAUGAUGGAAUUGCAGGGGUUGAAGACGGUGGAUGGGGAGGACCCACCGCGGAUUCUUCAUUUUAAUCCCAGGUUGAAAGGGGAUUGGAGUAGGAAGCCGGUGAUCGAGCAGAACACUUGUUAUAGGAUGCAGUGGGGAACUGCCAUGCGUUGUGAAGGGUGGAAAUCCAAGGCUGACGAUGAGACUGUUGAUGGUCAGGUCAAGUGUGAGAAGUGGAUACGAGAUGAUAAUGACCGUUCUGUGGAGUCUAAUGCAACAUGGUGGUUGAAAAGGUUAAUAGGUCGAACAAAAAAGGUGACUGUUGACUGGCCCUUCCCAUUCACUGAGGGGAAGCUUUUUGUCCUGACACUUAGUGCUGGUUUGGAGGGAUACCAUGUUAGUGUUGAUGGGAGGCAUAUUACUUCUUUUCCUUAUCGGACUGGGUAUACCCUUGAGGAUGCCACCGGACUAAUGUUGAAUGGAGAUGUUGAUGUCCACUCUAUUUUUGCGGCAUCUUUGCCUACGUCACAUCCUAGUUUUGCUCCUCAAAGGCAUCUUGAGAUGUCCAAUAGAUGGAAGGCUCCACCACUUUCUGAGCAACCUGUGGAUUUGUUUAUUGGUGUACUUUCUGCAGGCAAUCAUUUUGCUGAGCGAAUGGCUGUAAGGAAGUCUUGGAUGCAGCAUAAACUUGUUAAAUCUUCACAUGUAGUUGCUCGUUUCUUUGUGGCAAUGCAUGCAAGAAAGGAAGUGAAUGUAGAACUGAAGAGGGAAGCAGAAUUUUUCGGAGAUGUCGUCAUUGUGCCAUAUAUGGACAACUACGACCUUGUCGUGUUAAAAACUGUUGCCAUCUGUGAAUAUGGGGGUCGUGUAGCAGCCGCCAAGUAUAUAAUGAAGUGUGACGAUGACACAUUUGUGAGAGUAGAUGCAGUAAUUAACGAAGCAAAGAAAGUACAUCCGGAUCGAAGCUUCUAUAUUGGCAACAUCAACUACUACCACCGGCCCCUACGUGCUGGUAAAUGGGCAGUAACAUAUGAGGAGUGGGCAGAGGAAGUUUAUCCGCCAUAUGCAAAUGGACCAGGAUAUAUAAUGUCAUCUGACAUAGCACACUUCAUCGUCUCUGAAUUUGAGAAACACAAUUUAAGUUUGUUCAAGAUGGAAGAUGUGAGUAUGGGGAUGUGGGUGGAGAAAUUCAACAGCUCAAAGGCGGUGGAUUAUAUACAUAGUUUGAAGUUUUGCCAAUUCGGAUGCAUAGAAGGUUAUUAUACAGCUCAUUACCAGUCACCCAGACAAAUGAUGUGCAUGUGGGACAAGUUGCAAAAGCAGACAAGGCCUCAAUGUUGUAACAUGAGAUAGUUUUUAUAUAUAUAUAUAUAUAUUAUAUAAAUAAAUAUUUGGUUUUCCAUUCUUAGUAUCUCUCUCGGAUUAUAUUGUAGGCAGAUUUUGCAGCUAGUCUUUUUUUCUUUGUAAAUUUUUGGACAUUUUGGGUUAGUUGUAUUUAGGUUGUCUCAAUUCAAAUUUAUUCUUUUCAA